UACACUACAUCGUCGCCAUUUUUGAUACAUGAGUUUAUGUUCGUCUGCAAUGAUCGAAGUUAAGAAAUUUAGGCUUUUGUUUUUUAUAAGCUUCUUUCUUAUUAUAAAAAUUAAGUUUAGUGUUUCGUUAUACGAAGAUCAAAUCGGAAAAUUUGAUUGGAGACAACAAUAUAUAGGAAAAGUAAAAUAUGUACAUCUGGAUCCUCUGAUAACCGGAUCUCACAAAUUAGCUGUGGUGACGGAACAGAAUGUUUUAGCCAUGCUCAAUACUCGUACCGGAGCUCUCUUAUGGAGACAAGUUCUUGAAAAAAGUGCCAUUGGGAAUUUCAAUGCUUUAUCUUCUGAAGGAGAUUUAAUUACGCUUAAUGGAGGUGGCCAGUACAUUCGAGGUUGGGAUCCUUCGACAGGAAUAUUAGAAUGGGAAAUGACAUUGCCAAAUGUUCCUGUUUUGGAUUAUAAACAGUUCUACAUCAAUUCUGCGAGUAAGGAUAUCAUUAAGGUUCAGAUUCAUAAAAAUUCUCAUAUUGUUGUUACCAUUCAUAGUAUCAAUAGUGCUUCUGUAAAAACUUCUCAAGUGCAUGCACCUUGGAUUCAAGCUGACUCAAAUUGUGAAUUUGUCACCCAUAAUUACUUUGCAUGUGUGGAACAAAAAACUAGAACUUUACAUUUACUCUCCUUAAAAGAUGGUAGAAAUUUCAUCAGUAUGCCUCUUUCGAGUUUUGGAUUACAAUCAACAGACAAUUCUGCUGUUUUGAAAUUAAAAUCUCUUUCUUUUCAAAAUAUGAUUGAAAAUCCAAUUUUAUGUAUCGAAUUAGGAAGAGAUGGAUAUCUAGUCUUACAAAUACAACCAUCAAACAUGAAGCUUCUAAAAGUAUUACCUGGGGUUAUUAAAAUGACUGCAACUAUUAUCGAUAAGAAUUUAGUGCUGUUUUACAUUAGACCUACCGGAGAGGGCAUGAAAAUUACAGCCGUCAGUCCUGUUAAUUGGCAAGAACUAAUAGAAUUUGAAGGAAAUUUUAAUUUACCAGAACAUAAUGGACAGUUAGAAGAGAUAUUUAUUCUACCAUAUGCUAAAAAAGAUAGAGGCAUCAGUUAUAAAAUUUUAUUGCUUACCGAAGAUCAUUCGAUUCAUGUAUUCCAUCAACAAGGAAAGUUGAUGUGGAUGAGAGAAGAAGCUCUUGCUUCUAUUAUAACAGCCGAAAUUUUAGAUCUUCCAUUAUCAGAAACCGAUGCGAAAAUUGAACAAGAAUUUGGAACUACUGAUGGUAAUAUAUUGACAAUGUUGUUGACACGUCUAACGACGCAACUUAUUCAAUUACAAACAUUUCUUCUCGGUACGUUGUCCGGACUUCAAACUAGUGAUAUAACUAGCGAUGGUAAGACAACAAUAGAAUUAACAAGAGAUAAUUUUGGCUUGCAUAAAGUGAUAGUUGUAGCAACGAUUCCGGGAAAGAUUUUUGGAAUUGAUAACCUAAAUGGUCAAGUAGUUUGGAGUCAGUUUUUUGGAAACUUGGAACCAUUUUCUCAUAGUAAUUUGCUUUUAUAUGUCCAACGCACUACAGCUCAUUUUCCUUAUUCUCCACAAUGUAGUAUUAUUGGAAAAGAUAAAAAAACAAACAACAGUUAUCUAUACUCAUUUAAUCCAAUCACUGGACAAAUAAUGGAUAAACAGUUAUUAUCAUUUAAAGUGAUGCAGACGACUAUGUCGGGAUAUGUUGAUGCGACUCAUUUAAGACCUAUUCUCCUACUUGAUUCUGAAUUAAAGGUACACGUGUAUCCAAAAUCCUCCGAAGAUUUUAUAUAUAAGCAUAAAGAUGUUCAUUACAUAUUUACUGUUAAUAUCGAUUCUGGGACGCUAGCAGGAUAUAGUUUAGCCUUUUCGUCUCAAGAAAAUCCAAAAGCUACAAAGAUGUGGAAUGUUAUUUUGCCAAAAGAUGUACAGAAAAUUGUACAUUGUACCUUAAAAAGACCAUCUGAGCAUGUACACUCUCAGGGACGUGUUAUGGGAGAUAGAAGUGUCCUUUACAAAUAUUUAAAUCCAAAUUUGGCCGUCAUUAUUACAGAAGGAAACGAUGUCACUCAAAAAUCUUUCUUAAAUGUGUACUUUAUUGACACUGUAACUGGCCUCAUUAUUUAUUUUGUUACACACAAGAGAGCAACUGGACCUGUACAUAUUGUUCAUUCAGAAAAUUGGGCAGUCUAUAGUUAUUAUAAUGAAAAGUUAAGACGGAUGGAGAUGUCAGCUGUCGAAUUAUACGAAGGAAAAACACAGAGCAACACUACGGCCUUCUCUUCUUUGAAUCCACCGCCAUUACCAAUCAUUGAACAUCAGACCUACAUAUUUCCUGCCGUAAUAGAUAGUAUGGCAGAUACUAUAACCGAACGUGGAAUGACGAGCAAACAUCUUAUCAUUGCACUUCCAUCUGGAAGUAUUUUAGAACUGCCGAAAGCAUUUUUAGAUCCAAGAAGACCUGUGCAUCCAACAUCUGAACACAGAGAAGAAGGUCUGAUACCGUACAUUCCCGAAUUACCCAUUCCAUCCGAAGGCAUCAUUAACUACAAUCAAACAGUGCACCACAUCCGAGGAAUUCAGACGGCUCCGUCGGGACUCGAGUCCACGUGUCUGGUGUUCGUUUAUGGAUUGGAUCUCUUGUACACUAGAGUAACACCAUCCAAAACAUUUGACAUUUUAAAAGAUGACUUCGAUCACAUACUGAUAUCCGCCGUUCUCCUAGCAUUAAUGGCACUUUCCUACGCCACAAAACACCUAGCGGCCGUGAAGGCACUAAGAGCCGCGUGGAAGUGAGUCGGUAGUCUCCGUUAAAGCUUACGUAAAAUUCUAUAAAGUCUCGGAGGAGGCCAAAUAGUUUAUUUUUACUCGAAUCUUUCGAAGUUUAAUUUAUGUUGACUGUACAGAAGUAAGUUAUUGUUUUGGUUCAGAGCAGAUUUUAUUUUCUCGUCCCAUGUUUGCAGUGAUUAAAAGUAUUUCUGUAUAUUAUGUUGAAUAAUUAAAGCUGAUUUUUUUUAA